AGUUAAAUUAAAAAAAAGACCUAAAUUAUUUGUUGUUUUUAUGAGUUGUUAUCUUUUUUAAUUUGCAGAAAAUAUUGUGUCCGUUUCGUAUGGUUAUGCAAUUUACUCGAAAUUGAUAUAAUUUUUCCAGAAAUGUUAUUUUCGUUAUGAUUGGGUGUCGGCAGUCACUGUUAUGGUCUGUUAUUUAUUUUCUUGUGGUUUCAGGAGGGGAUUGGUUUAUGGUUGAAGGCUGCCACAAAACAUCCAAAGAGUUGCACAUAUGUUUGAACAUCUACAUAGAAAGGGAUCUGCCCUUUGUAGAAACCAUUAUAAAAGGUCAAAAGAAGAUUGGACGAUUUGGCGGAGGAAGAAUUCUUUUAGAUGACUUAGAUGUGCAAGUUAUUUGCGAUCACGCAACUGAGCUGUACGACUGUUAUAAGACACCUAUGCUAGAGUGUUACUCAUACUGGCAGUUGUAUGACUUUUUGAAAAUGAUGAGCUUGUUUCAAAAGCUCCACUCGUAUCUGUGCGAGAAAACAACAAAUAAUGCAAGAGAUCUUCUUUUGAGUAUGAAAUGCUUGAUGAUAGCUGAAAGUCACAUCGCUAAUUGUUCGAACCACGGCUUUAGUUGGUCUUAUACUUGGAAAGAAGUUCUUCGAAUGCAAGUUUCUCCAGCCGAAAAAUGUCCGGCUAUUGACCAAUACAGGACAUGUCUCAUUAAUGGACUUAACAAUGUCCCUUGCGGAGAAGAAGCAGGCCAUAUUUAUGGAUCUUUAUUACAAACGUGGUAUUUACAUUGGUGUGAUGAUGUCGAAGUGGGCAAUUUGCACUACACAAGUUCAGGGUUUAGAUCAGAGGGUCUACAAGUGUUAGUCGUGGUCUCCAUGUUUUCCUUUUACUAUUUAACGCAUGCAUUUUUUUACAAUAAUUAAUUUUUCUAAACAAUUUUACUUCACAGAAUAACAAGGAUAAUAGAACAUCAGAAUAAUUAUGGUAAUUUUGAAAAUUUUAACUACCACAUGAACGUUUUUCUACAUUUGCUACAAUUUUGAUAGAGAUGUAUUUUUUCAACUUAUCAUGUCUUUCCUACUUUGAACUUUAAUUUUGCUAAUGUAUUAGAAUAUCUAAGAAUAAAUCAAUAAAUUAAAUAUUAUGUUUGUCAUUAUAUACGAAUCGUGUAUGUUAUUGCUGUAUUAUUUUAACCAUAUAUUGCUUUUUUAAGUGAGUUAAAAAAAUAAAAUUAUUUUGAUGAUUCUAA